CUAACAACACACAAUUUCCCAGUUUCUAUAUCCACUAGCGGCAUGCCGCGGCGUUGACCGACAAAUCGCAAAAGCCAAAAGGUCUCCACUCUCCAGUUGAAAACAAGGCGUGCCUAAAGGAGGACGUUAUUCCUUUGUGUUCAUAAACAUCGGACCUAACUUACGUGUAACCAAGGCAAACUAAUUUUGCUAAUCAACUUUACUCAAAAAAACUGCAACUAAUAUUUCAAUUGUGUUAAAAUUGUGGCUGUUAGUUAAAAUGGUGUAAUUAAUAAACUGCAGUGGCAAUAAAUAUUAUUUUAUUGUAAAAGUGACUGGCCCGAAAUUCAAGAUGUCCCCAACGGGUUGGGUGGCGUGGGUUGCGCUGUGCUGCGUAUGCGCAGGCAGCGCACUACGCGUGGGCGUGGGCAUCGCUGACGUCACGGGUCCACCGGCUGAGAUUGGCUUUAUGGGUUAUGCAAACUUGGAGCAGUCGGGCCACGGCAUUCACCUGCGGCAGUUUUCACGCGCUUUUGUGCUUGAGGACGAGAGUAACUCCACUCGGGUCGUGUUCGUCUCCGUGGACGCUGCUAUGAUGGGCAUUGGUGUCAGAAGAGAGGUGUUAAAGCGUCUACAGAAACGCUACGGAGACCUGUACAAUGACAACAACGUGAUACUGAGCGGCACUCACACGCACUCCACUCCCGGAGGGUUUCUGCUGGACUUCCUCUUCGACCUGCCUAUAUUGGGCUUCGUGAAGGAGACCUACAUGGCUUACAUUACUGGGAUUGUUAAAAGUAUAAUCACAGCCCACAAUAAUAUUACCCCAGUGCGUAUGGAGUAUGGGGAAGCAGAGUUGUUGGACGCCAACAUCAACAGAUCUCCUUCUUCUUACCUGCGGAACCCACCCGAAGAAAGGCAGAAGUACAAAUACGACGUGGACAAGACAUUAGCCCAGAUACGGUUCAUCGCACCUUCGGAUCAGAUAGUCGGUGUGAUCAACUGGUUCGCGGUCCACCCCACCAGUAUGAACAACACCAACCGUCUCAUAUCGUCCGACAACGUCGGCUACGCGUCUAUACUGAUGGAAAAGGAGCUUAAUGGAAAUAAUACGUUGCCGGGAAAGGGUCGCAUAGUCUGUGCCUUCGCAUCAACUAACCUCGGCGACGUGUCUCCAAACACGCGCGGCCCGCGCUGCGAGUUCUCAGGCAAGGCGUGCGACCAGGAGAAACUCCUGUGCAAUCUGCCCAAAGAGCGGUGCUUCGCGUCCGGCCCUGGGCGGGACAUGUUCGAGAGCACGAAGAUCAUUGCCACCAAGCUCUUUGAUACGGCUAUGAGAGUAUUGAGGCAGCCGGGAGAAGAUCUGACGGGUCCUGUGGGCGUCAUCCACCAAUUUGUGGAGAUGCCCACUCAAGAGGUCUCUCCCUAUGAUCCGAUCAGCGAAACAUUCAAUGCUAGUGCCAAAGUGACGGGUUGCUACCCAGCCAUGGGGUACAGUUUCGCGGCCGGCACCACGGACGGGCCGGGAGCGUUCGACUUCACCCAGGGAACCACUUCCUCCAACCCGCUGUGGAACGCCGUGCGAGACUUCAUAGCCGAGCCCACUGCUGAAGAUGUGCAAUGCCAUAAGCCGAAACCUAUUCUACUCGCUACUGGACGGGCAAAAUUCCCAUACGAAUGGCAGCCCAAAAUAGUCUCCUGCACAGUUGUCAGGAUAGGAGGGCUAUUCCUGGCGGCAGUGCCCGGGGAGUUCACCACGAUGUCCGGGAGACGGCUGAGGAAUGUAGUGGCGAAGAGUUCUGGCGCUAAAAGGGUAGUGUUGGCCGGACUGUCCAAUAUAUACUCGGAUUACAUCGCCACGCCUGAGGAGUAUCAGGCGCAGAGAUACGAAGCGGCUUCCACCAUCUUCGGUCCGCACACUUUGGAUAUCUACCUCAACAAAUACGUGGAGUUGACCAACGCAUUGCUACAGGACUCCAAGUUGGACCCGGGGCCACAGCCGCCGGAUUUCAGCGAGCAAUUGAUCACUCUGGUUCCUCCGGUGCUGUGGGAUUCCGCGCCCUGGGGCCAUGAGUUCGGCGAUUGCCUAAAGCAGCCGCAGAAACACUAUAGCUAUGGGGACGUUGUUUCUGCUACGUUUGUAUCAGGGCACCCGCGGAACAGCGUGCGUCACGGACGCUGGUUCGCGGCCGUGGAGCGUUUGGAGUCGGAGCAGGAUGACGCGUGGACCGUCGUGGCUACGGAUGCUGACUGGGAGACUAAGUACAUCUGGCUCCGUAACUCCAAGAUACUCGGCACGAGUCACGCGGAGGUCGAAUGGGAGGUCCCUGUGGGGACUCCCGCGGGCACAUACCGCCUGCACCACUACGGCAACUAUAAGUACAUCUUGGGCGGUAUCUACCCCUACCACGGGUUUACCGACUCGUUUGAAGUCACCUAACCUCAAUAAACUACCAAUAAGUGGCUUCAAUAGUUGUUUAUCUUACAAAUGCGCAAAAUAGUAAAUUAAAGCCAAGGUGAAAAUUUUGCAGUAGCAACUUUUUAUUUUACUUGCCUGGCUGGACUGGACUGAACCAGACAUGACCGGACUGAACCGAUUAACCCAGUCCGGUCCACUCUAGUCCAGCACAAGUUACUGUCACCGAGAGUGUCUUUCGUUUCGUGUCACCGCUUCUGUCGAUGUCCUUCAACGUCGGAAUUCUUUCAAUACUCAAACCUCCAGGCACGUAGAGUUUAAUUUAAAUUUGCACGUGUAUCAUAGUUCAAUGUUUUUCAAUAUAUUUGUAACUGAAACAAUGAAAUAUGAUUACCGCUUUAUAGUACCCUGUACUAGUAAGUUCAAUUCAAUAUAGAUUUUAAUUUCUAUAAUUAUUUAUAAAAUGAUAGGUACUAACUAAUUAUAAUAUACCUCUAAAAUAUGUCGAAAACCAGCUGUUCUGUUUGGCGACCGUAUUGGUCUCGUACAAAAACAUUCUCUGCCGCCCGGUCUCUGUAGGUGGCCGACUGUGUGGUAACAUUUUUAUCGCACAUGAUCGGUGAUAAUCAACAUUACGGUUUAGUAAGCGAUGUAAAAAAACCCGCAUUACGGGCAAAUAUGUUGAAAAACACUUUUUAAUGCAAGAGUAAUUAUGAAUUAAAGUUUUUAAUGUAAGUGCCCUACCUAUGUUGUAGGCCAGAGUUACCCUUAUAUGUAGUUUCAAAAAAUGUUUUGUAAAGAUUGGAUUAUGCUAGUCAUUUAUGCAAAAUGCUAUUUUCAUAAUUUUCUUAUUUUUUUGUUCUAUUUUAAAAUAUUUAUUUUAUUUUAAAAUAAAAAAUAUUAAAAUAAAUGUAAAAUAUUUGUACAUAAAUUCCAAUACUCCUUCUAGGUCAGUGGUUCCCAAAGAUAUGUAUUUAAGUGCUAUAAAUUAGAUUUUAAGUAAAAUAAAUAAAUAAUGAUAAAAUCAACUUUCCUUGCCUUCUAAGUGAUUUAUUAAGAACGCUUAUAAUUUUUAUACCUAUCUAUCUACCUACUUAGUUGGUGAUAUUGCAGGACUAAACAAUAAUAUCUUGACAUACUUACUUAUUAUUAGCUACUUAUAUGUUAUACCUAAAUUAUAAUAUUAUAUUCAUUUUCUAGUAUACAAAAGUGCCUUAGGUACGUAUCUAUACGUAAUUUCACGAAAAUGAGGCUAAUGAAAAUCAUUGUUUUUGCAAUCGUUAGCUUUCUAAAAGAUGUUUAUGCCUAAUUUUGUAGACACGUUCUAAAAACUAAUACCUAAGCAUAUUCUAUGUCUGUGGUUAGCCACAUUUCCGUAAAACUAACUAGUUCCAAAAUUACACGGAUUUAAAUAUUAUUUAUAUGUAAAUUCUUGAGACUGUCGCUGCCGUGUAAUUGAAACUGAUAUAACGCAAAUCUGGAAAGCUGCAGAUAUUAUCUAGUUCUUAGAACGUAUAUAUAGACUAUUUUUUUUUUGUAAUCUCGGAGAUAAAAAUGAUGGUCCGUGUCUUGAAUGUUUUUAUGUCUCAUACACACCUACAAAUACCUAAGUAUUUGUCGGUAAUCGUUUGCAACACAUCACAGAUCAAAGAUCUGUCAACAAAAUGUGUUGAUAAUAAUAAUUCCAAUUCAAAUGAAAUAAGUAUGGGCUCAGGGCUGAUUCUCAAAUUAUCAGUUUUACAUAGGUAUUAUUGAAAAAUUUCUUAGGAAAAUUAUGUUUCUUUUUUUUGUUACUUAAAUAGGUACCUACCUACUUACGUUAUUCUUUAAGUCUUUCAAAUAAUAUGUGAUUAGUGCUACUUUUUUAUCUCGUAAUUACACAUUUCGGAGGUUUAUUUUACUCGUUGCACAAGAAAUAUUAUUUUACUAAUGAUUUUAUCUGAAUCGGAAUUACGAGGACAACACUACAAUCAUGGAUGCCAAAAUAAUUAGUUUACCUACUUAAAAAUGUUAUUUAUUACAUUUUGAUUAUAGAUAAGGGAGCGUUUAUCGUGUAAUUAUAACGAUAAUGAUUUGAUUUUAUUUAUACACGUGUAUCUGGUAGAUAAACUCAAACUCAAAUCAUGUUUAUUCAAAUUGGGUACCUACUUACCACCACAGAGUAGGUACCUACUUUGUAUUAUGUAACAUACUUUCAAUUGUGGAAUUUCUAUUUUUUUUAAGAUAAUGAUGUAAAUGGUGAUAAUUAAUUACGUAAACUCAAAACUAAAGUUACGAAGGUUCCAAAUGCGCCCAGGUCUGAGAAGAAGCCCACAACAAACUCAGCUAUAAUCAGCAGACAAUUAACUAGGGAUGCCACGCACACACACACCACUAUUCAUGAUGUACUUUUGAAGAGUUGUUCACUAAAAUAGGAUAGGCAUAUACUAAUUAGGUACCUAGGUAGGUUGUUCCGAAAAUUGUUAGCUACAGAAUAAAUUUGAAUUUAUGGCUAAUCACUUUGCUGAAAAUCAUUGGCCACCUAUAUUUAGUUCUUAUUUUAAAUAUUUUUUAAAAAUAUCCGUCACACUUUUGUUUGCAACAAUGGACGUCUUGCGAGAUGCUUUUCGUGCUACGUCGCGCAAGAAACAUUUUGUAAAUAUUUCGAAAACUGGUUUAUAGGUGCAUUGGGGUUGAAGGGGAUUAUUUUGAAAAGCUAUAAAUAAACUUUUGCAAAUUCCAACUAUUUUUCAUUUCACUAACAAUUUUUGGAACAGCCCACGUAGGUACCGAAAAAUAUGAUAGCAAACUAUCCGAUUUUUUCCUUGCAUACGUUUGGGAAAGCGAGGAGGAAGACUUUCUACAAACUGCCAUACCAAGUAGAGAUAAUAAUAUUGUGUACCUAUUGUUUUGAUAUAGAAUGCCAGUACUUACCAGUUACCUAGUUAGCUCUAUGCACUCAGGUGUAGAUAAUACUAAGAUACUCGGUGAAGGUUAGCGAUAUGGCCUAGGAGGUCCUGGAAAAUUUGGGGCAGUUGGCAACCCUAAUUUUGUCAUACGUAAUAAUACAUAAUGAUUUGCCUAUCUUGUAACUUGUAGGUACGUAUUCAAUAUGUCAAGUCAGAGAUUCUAUGUAGGAAAUAUAAAAUGUAAAAAUACUAGUUAAUAAAUAGGUAAUUAAUUACUAUGUACCUAGUUACAAAUAGUUUUAUCAGACGCUUGCCAGAUUAAAGUAAAUAAACGUUUUCCAAAAUA